AGAGAGAGAGAGAGAGAGAAGCAAUUGCCUUAAAUACGUUCUUGCAACAUAUACAUCAAACACUUGGUAUAACAAUAACAAGCAAAUUAUAAACGUACUGAAAAAUAAAAGAAAAGUAUAACACGGCAGUUGGAUUGAUAUUUAAUUAAGCACAGUUAUACAUUUUAAAAAAUAAUAAAGAAAUAUAAUAGAUGGGGAGUUGAGAUGUGGGGGAAUUGAUGGAAGUGAUGAAUUUUGUAUAAAUCAUCAAUAGCUGAUGAAAAAUCUCUUCCCCACAAGAUAAUUCAGCUUUGAGAUAUAUGGCUACUUUCUUCAUUUUCUCCUGUCUUGUUUUAUCCAUCUGCAUUCUAUCUGUGUCAGCCGCCAAUAAUACUUUUUAUCUGAAUAUUGACUGUGGAUCGUCGAAAUCUUACGAAGACGAAAAAUCGAUAGUGUGGACAGGGGAUGACAACUACAUAAAGACCGGCGAACCACACUCCGUUCAAUCCGCUAAAUACUCCGUAUCCCAUGUAAUGGACACGAUGCGUGUGUUCACCACUCGGAAGAAGAACUGUUACCACAUAGACGACUCCUCGGUGAAACAGGGGCAGCGUGUCCUUGUCCGGGCCAGCUUUUUAUACGGUAACUACGACAAUAAGUCUUCGCCUCCUAAGUUUGAUCUUUUUAUAGAGGAUACCGAGUGGGAGGCAGUUGAGACCUCGAUGUUUGAGGUUGUUUAUUACGAGGUGAUUUAUGUUUUGGACAAGGACUCCAUUAGCGUAUGCGUUUCUAGGUCAAGUUUAGGUAUCCCGUUCAUUUCUGCGCUCGAAGUGCGUGGUUUGACCUUUUCUAUGUAUCCGUAUCAGUAUCUUAACGACGGCAAGAAUUAUCCCUUGUUCUUGCGGAGACGUGUUGCCUUUGGAUCAAAUCAAACUAUCAGGUACCCGACGGAUCCUUACGACAGAAUAUGGACUAUCGACAACAACUACACAUCAUUCAUCCCACUCUCCAACGAAGCGACUUUCAGUAAUAACGGUGUACGAUUAGGUCAAGAGCCCCCACUGGCAGUGCUGAAGCACGCUGUUACCGUAGCACCACAAAACUACAUAGUAUUCCCCGUUGGAAUAUAUUUUCCCGUUAAACAGCUAGCCUACUACACCGCAUACUUCUCCGAGGUUACUCAGCUAAGACCAACUCAAAAGCGUUCCUUCAGAAUUCACCAUGACAACAACCCGUAUUCGCAGCCGAUAGUUCCGCCUUACGGGGACUAUAUCGAACGAUACAGUGAUUACAUUACGUUUUCCAAAGAUUCUAAUUUAUUCAUCACAGCGGAUGACGACUCAACUCUCCCCCCACUCAUCAACGCCCUCGAAAUCUUCGCUGUUGGAAAGCCGCUAAUCAACGGUACCGACGAUAGAGAUGUGCAAGGCUUAGCUUCUCUGCAAAAAGCGUUUCCUGUUUUACAAGAAUGGACCGGUGAUCCUUGUCUUCCUAGGAUCAAUAAUGCAUGGGAAUGGGUCGGUUGUAAUGACUAUAAUUAUAAACCACGUCCACGAGUUACUCAUCUAGCUCUUGGUGGCUACGGUCUCUCAGGGAGACCUCAGCAACAACAGCUUGAAAGGGCCUAUUCCUGAUUUCAUAACCAGAUUACCAAACCUCAUGAUAUUGUGAGUGGAAGUGAAAGAAAGAAAAACACAAUAUAUAACGUUCGGAUGCGUUUUCUCGAUCGUCUGUAUACAUGCACAGAUAGAUCAACAAGAUUAAUAAACCUCG